UCAUCUGGGCGCUUUCCCAAAUCUUCAAUGUAAGCAAAGAGCUUUGCCACCCUCAAAGCCCAAAGUAGUGAGAUACGCAACCCGGUCCAGCAGUUGCAGGCGAAGCGAAGUCACCUACCGGUCAGAAAAGUGAGAGAAAAUGGAUACCGACUUCAAUUAACUCCAGCUUAUUCACCUAUGCUAGGUUAAUUGUCCUUCCUUUCCCCCCCAAUCCUACUGAAAUCCAGACGAUUUCUGUUACUGUUUAUAGUCAUCUUUGACAGUUUUCACCUAUGCCUUCCGACGCUGAGUUAUCGGACGAUGAUCGGAAACCUAAUGUUGGCCCUAGCAAUAACUCUAUCGAUCAAUCUCUGGACGCAAUUGAGAAUCAAUUAUCCUCAAUUUCAGUGGGUCAAUCCGAAUCUGACCUGGAUACAAAAGAAGCUUCCUCAUCCAAGCAGGAUGAGCUCGCCAAUGGGAAUUCCGGAGCUGAUGAUAGCAAUGUGGUGGAAGACCUUAGCUCUGUGUGGAGGAACAAUUCUGAAGAAAUGGAAGCGCCGGCAAGUCCCAGUAGCAGUGGUUAUGCAGCUGAAAGAGGGAGUAGUAAUGGUAGUAGUAGGGCAUCUGGUAUUGAGGAGGUUGAUGGUGAGAUUAUUGAAAUUGGGAAUAGUGAUGCUUAUGAGGGAGUUUCGGACUCUCAGGUGCAAUGGAUUCCCGGGAAACGCCACGGCAAUGAGGAUGAUGCUUCUGUUUCCUGGAGAAAACGAAAGAAGCACUUCUUUAUCUUGAGUCACUCAGGAAAACCAAUAUACUCAAGAUAUGGAGAUGAACACAAACUUGCUGGAUUCUCUGCCACUUUGCAAGCCAUCAUUUCAUUUGUCGAGAAUGGGGGUGAUCGAGUCAACUUGGUCAGAGCCGGUAAACACCAGGUUGUGUUUCUUGUGAAAGGACCUAUUUACUUGGCUUGCAUAAGCUGUACUGAAGAGUCAUAUCAGUCACUGAAGGGACAACUAGAGCUCCUUUAUGGUCAGAUGAUACUUAUUCUUACGAAGUCGCUGAAUAGAUGUUUCGAGAAGAACCCUAAAUUUGACAUGACUCCUUUGCUUGGAGGAACAGAUGCUGUCUUCUCUUCUCUAAUCCAUUCAUUCAGUUGGAACCCAGCUAACUUUCUCCAUGCUUAUUCAUGUCUUCCACUUGCUUAUGCGACAAGGCAAGCUGCUAGUGCCAUCUUGCAAGAUGUAGCUGACUCAGGGGUCCUUUUUGCCAUUUUAAUGUGUAAACACAAGGUUAUCAGUCUUGUUGGUGCUCAAAAAGCAUCUCUUCACCCUGAUGAUAUGUUAUUGCUCUCCAACUUUGUUAUGUCUUCUGAAUCAUUUAGGACAUCAGAAUCCUUCUCACCAAUUUGCUUACCAAGAUAUAAUCCCAUGUCAUUUCUACAUGCUUAUGUGCAUUACCUCGAUGUUGACACAUACUUAAUAUUGCUUACUACGAGCUCAGAUGCCUUUCAUCAUCUUAAAGAUUGCAGGAUUCGUAUUGAAAAGGUACUUGUGGAGUCCAAUGUACUCAAUGAAGUCCAAAGAUCCAUGGUAGAUGGUGGCAUGCGUGUUGAGGAUUUACCUGCUGAUCCCGGUUCUCAUACUGGAGCAGUCUCCGCUCAUCUGGGUCAGCCUGGACAUACUAGAGAAUCAUCAGAGAGAUUUGCUGAGGCAUUCAUAGGUGUUGGUGGUCCUGCUGGACUUUGGCAUUUUAUGUAUCGAAGUAUUUAUCUUGACCAGUAUGUGUCGUCUGAGUUUUCCUCACCAGUAAAUAAUAGACAACAACAGAAAAGGUUGUAUAGAGCUUACCAGAAGCUUUAUGCAUCCAUGCAUGAUAAAGAAAUUGGACCGCACAGAACUCAGUUCAGAAGGGAUGAAAAUUAUGUUCUACUGUGCUGGGUUACUCAGGAUUUCGAACUUUACGCAGCAUUUGAUCCCCUGGCAGACAAGGCUCUAGCUAUUAAGACUUGCAAUCGAGUAUGUCAAUGGAUCAAGAACAUAGAGAAUGAGAUUUUCUUGUUAGGAGCCAGUGCCUUUUCGUGGUGAUUGUGCCCAUGUUAUGUAUUCUAUUUUUCUUCCUUAUUUUCUGGAAUUCCUUGUAAUAAGUUAUUGCCUCAUUUUGGUAGGCUUCCCAUUUUUGUGGCUCAAUUAUAUAAUGCCGAUUGUAGCUUAAAGUUUGGCAGUCAAGAUAUGAGUCGGUCUCACUCUAAUGUACAAUUUAUGAAAAUUUUGUAGCUUAUCUGUAUCAAAAAUUUAUUGUGUUCUACGUA